ACCCAAUGGACUCGUCCCAGUUGCUUCUGAACCGCACAGCUGAGUGCGUGAAAUGUUGUAGGCUAGACACACUCUAGGCAUUUUUUUUGUAUAUUGGUGCGUCGUUGGUUCGACAGUGAACAUUGGAUGUUGUAGCGAGUACACGGCAAAACGCAUUCAUUCCAUCCACGUUUUAUUUUCUUUCUUUCCUUUCUCGAUCAAUUUGAUCAAACGCAAACGGGAAAAUCACCGAAUUUCAGCGAAAUCUUACUAGACAUAUUGAGUUGAGAGUAUAUAGUAUAUAAAAUAUUGAUACGAUGUCGAGCAUCGGUGGUAAUUAGUGGCAGCUGUGCGCGCGUAGAGACAAUGCCUCAUAAAGAAUGGACUACAAUCGGCUAGUGAAGAGGGCCGCAGCAGCACCGAUCCUGCUCUUACUGCUAAUACUGUUGUUCGCGCCCGGAAUCAACAGCAGUAACAAUUAUCGCCAUGGAAGAAGCCACGAGGAUGAGCACCAACCAGGGUGCUCGAGGAACAAUACCACGUCCCUGCAGUGCUGGGACACCGUCUUCGAGAACGUCCUGGACAUUCCCGAAGAUGUCACCCACCUAAUCUUAAUAAACGCGACGGUGACGAAGCGUUUCAACGCUUCGAACCUCCAUCAGUUGGAAUGGAGGAACAGCCUGGUGAACACCUCGUUGAUAGCGAAUCCCCGUUCACUGGUCAACCUGGAUAUCAGCCACAACGACAUUCGCACCCUCGUACCUUAUCAGUUCAUGAGCUACGUGAGCUUGCGAACCAUGAACCUAUCCAAGAACAACAUCGAUGAUCUUCCACGCAACGUGUUCGUGAACGUGUCCAUGGUGGACAGACUGUGUCUGGCUCACAACAGCCUCCACGCACUACCGUUCCAAGUUUUUGCGCCGAUGGGUAACCUGCACAUCUUGGAUCUAUCGCAUAACUACAUCGUCACGCUGCUCGAUCACUUCUUCAAAUUCAACAAGUACAUCGAAAUCCUCCUCUUGAACGACAAUAGGAUCGUUAAACUGACGUCGAACGCUCUCGCCGACUUGACGGAUCUGCGUGAAUUGAAUCUGUCUAACAACUCGUUGGGCACAGUCUCGAAGGGCCUCUUCGACUCCCUGAACAAGUUGGAAUACUUAAACCUGGCCAAUAAUCCGAUCCUAAAUAUUGCGAGCGGAACCUUCAGAGGUCUGCACAAUCUGCAGCGUCUCGAUUUGAGCGACAAUCGGCUUAAGUAUCUAACUUACGGCAUUUUUCACUUCAGUCAGAGGAUCAAGACUUUAAGGCUAGACAACACCAUGAUCGAGAUCUUAAGGAAUACAGAACUAUUGGGUCUACCCGAAUUGGAGCAUCUGAGCAUCAGAAACAACAAGAUGCUUACAGAGAUCGAGACGUAUGCUUUAGCUGAUACGCCAAAUAUACGUAACUUGGAUAUAAGCGGCAAUGCACUUACGUUCCUGCCAUUAACUCUUGCCAAUCUGACGCGUCUGAAGGCGUUAAACAUCAGUGAUAAUCCGUGGGCCUGUGACUGCCGCAUGUUUUGGUUCGGUCCAUGGGCAGAGAGCAAGAGGGCCAUGAAUCUUACAUUGUCAGAUCUCAGCUGCGGUCCCUACGCUUAUCCCAAUGACAUGAUUCCGACUCUGCAACAUUUGAAUUGCACCGGCCCGAGGAUAAUGUACAAAACUCCGACGAGUCUGUACAGACUGAAGAGCAACGCGUUGCUGGAGUGCCGAUACUCUGCAAAUCCACCGCCUUCCAUAACGUGGGUCACACCGACGCGCGAGGUCUACCAUUGGAAUCCGGAUCCUUCUGUUGCGGACAUCUUCCACAAGCAUCCGCACGCUCACAAUCAGCACCUCGAGCCCAUGAGGAACAUUCCGCCGCGCAUUCAGAUUUUGGAUAACGGCACCCUCUUUAUUAUCAACGUAACACGCGCGGAUUGUGGCAGGUACACCUGCUACGCUAGCAAUCCGGUGGCCAACGAAACAUCGGACGUGCUCUUGCACAUCGACCCUACCGAUUGGAACCACAUCAAGAUCCUCAGUAUCUUCGUGGGGUUGCAGUGCGCUGCCACCUUCCUGGCACUCACACUGCUCAUACAGUUCUUGCGUUACAUCCUCAACAAAUUGGGAAUACUAAACAGUUGCUGCAGUUUCUGCAGGCGCGAACGGAUCCCGCCGCGUGCCCGCCAGAUUUACGAUCUCCUCGACAAUAUUGAACAGUACAAGUCGCAGCAGCUGGAGAAGCUACGCGAAAACUACACGCAGCAGGUUCAUCGGAUCAAAGACAAUUGUACCCAGCAAGUGGAAUGGAUUCAAAACAGCUACCAAGCGCAGGCUAAGCACCUGAAGGACUUCCGGGACGCAGGCACGCAGCAUCUGACGACUUUGCGAUGCCAAUACCACGAUCAGGUUCGCAAGGUGCGCGAUUAUUCAACGGGUCAACUAAAUUGGGUGCGCGAGAACUACAUCUUCCAGAGAAAUAAGAUCCGAAAGUUCAGCGCGCACAAAGUACUGCAGCUGAGGGAAACUUACAAAUACCAGCAGCAGAAUUUGAACCGCGUGUUGGAGAACUUGCCCAGCUUGUACUUCGAGAACUGCCGUGCUGGUACUUGCGGCCAGGCCGAUUCCAUCGUAUUCGAUCCCAACGACAUGGACAGCAUCGACAUGUACAUCAAGACGAAGAUCGAGCGGCUGACCAUCAUCGAUGAUCCCACCGAGGGCAUUCUGCAGAGCAAGCUGUCGCUGUACUAUACACCUACGGAGAGAUCCUUGGGAUCGAAAAUAGUGGACGACGAGUUGGCUGGAGUGCACAUCAACUAUAUCGAGAACAAGCCGAUGGUGCCGGCUCUCAAGUACGAGCCUUUGAUGUUCGCAGCGGUGCACAAGGACAUCGCGAAAAAGAUGAAGAUGACUGUCAGCUCGAGCGACAUCCACAAGGUGCAAGAUGAUUCUGAACCACAGCAGAGCACCAGCAUGCCAGAUCUGAGCAGUAACAAGGCGUCACCAUCACAUAUCACCACCACCAACAGCAACGACGAAGACGAUUGCCCCGAGACGUCCUUGUAACGAAAGUGAGUAGAGUUCGCCAUCGCAAACAAACAACAACAGAGUAUAUUAUAAAUGAUGAAUAAACAAACCGAAAUCCCAUUAGUGCCAAUAGAUAGACAAACACGAAACUAAGAGAGAAACGGAAAUGGAAUAUUAAGAAGUAUUGUUGUACCUUUAAGAAAUUAAAUAAAUAAAUUUUCACGUAAUA